AUGGAUCACUUAUCUUAAAGGCAAUUACUAUAAUUAUUGUAUGAAAAGGAUUGUUAUAUUUAAGCACUUGAAUAGUAGUUAGAAUUUAGUAGACAAGAAGUUUAAUUGCUUAAAAGUCAAAAAUAAUCAAUAUUUAUUCAAAAUGUCUCCUCUGAUGAAGAUUGCAAUAUAGAUGAGAAUUCAGAACCUGCAAUUAGCGAUAGCAGAGUGGAAUAAUUUUAGAGUUCAGGCUAGAAGAUUAAAUUAAAAGCUCCUCUUUAAAAUAGCAACAAUUUUAAUAUCUCUCAAUUUAGACAAUCUACUUAAUAAGUAAGGCAAAAGGCUUUAGAUUAUUUUGAUAUAUAAACUGCUACUACUAAUAAUGCAAGAGUUAACAAUGAAUAGUUGUUUGAUGAUUUAUUCAUUUUAGGAUUAGGAUAAGAACAAUAAAAUGAACCAUAAUAAACAUUUAUAGUCAAGCUAGAAAAUCAAUAACAAAUUCUCUCUAUUUCCAAAUUCAUAUUACCAGACGGAUGCAAACCUAUAGUUCUUCCUUUGGCUUUUAGUUUGGAAGACAUCAACUUAAUGAUGAAUCAUAAUUAUCAGAUAGAUUCCCCCAAUUGUUUUGUUAUUCUGACCAAGUAAACUGAGAAACAAUAAUUAAAAUAUCAUAUUUGUUAUCGUUACAAUGAUUUUACAGUUUUAAGCCCAUUGUAGGUCAGAUUUAGCAAAAGAGCAAUUUGUUUUACAACCAGCAAAUGUUUAGUUGACUUUUAUCAGCAAAUCCUAAUUGUAAUUUUAUCUUAGUUAAAAUCCAUGAGAAGUAACCUUUAUUCGAGAACAAACAACAUUUCGUUAGCAGAUUCAAAUUACUUUGAUAAGAAUAUUGCUUAAAUAUGUUUGAGGAUAUUAUCACAGUUAUCUUAAAAGAACUACCCAAAUUUCAUUACAAUUAAUAAUCAAGAAUUAAAAAUAAGCGAAAAUGAUAAUAUUUAAUGGGGAAUUCCACAAUUAUUUAAGAAAUUAGAUUCUUAAAGUUUGAUUAAAAUCUUUUUAAGUUGUUUAAUUGAGAAAUCAAUUGUUUUUGUUAGCAAAUCGCCUUAUUUAUCAACUGCAGCAUGUUUACUGUGUUAAAAGUACUUACUUAAACCAUUUGCAUGGAUUCAUCCAAUAAUUAGUAACUUGCCUUUGGAAAAUAUUGCAUAUUUAGGAAGUCCUGUGCCAAUAAUUGCAGGCAUAGAAUGUAAUUUCUCUAUUCUAUAUAGUCAAGGGAUUAUUAAUAAGUUUUAGAAUGCUAUUUUUAUUAAUUUGGAUAGCAAAUAAUAGAUAUAAUUUGGAAACACAGAUUAAAUUCCACUUUUAUCAGCCGAAUUAAUGGCUCAUCUUUUGGGAAGGUUAGAUUCGUACUUUUAAAAAUGUUAGUCAAAUCAUAGUAACUACAGUUAAUGUCUGUAAAUUUUUAAUUAGUUGUUUCAUGCAAGAGUAAUAAGAAAUAUUCCAAUAGAACCAAUUAGAUAGAAUACUUAUUAAACUUCAAAAGCUAUUAAUAAAGUAUUACUAGAUUAUGAGAGAAUAGCCUAAAAGACAUUGUAAAAUAUGGGAACAGUAAAUUCUGAUCAAGUAAUUUGGAAACAAUUUUUUCAAACACAAAUUUUUAUUUAAUUUAUUGAUUAAUAUUAUCAUUGA